AUGAGUAAAAACCAGAGAGUGGAGGAGUUGUCGUACGAAGAGCAAAUUGAGCUCGCUAUGAACCUCAGCAUUCAGAGCAAGCAAGAGGAAGACCAAGACGAUGCAGUCCAUGUUGCUCAGGUCAUCAGCCUCCACACUGAUCAGGUUGAAGAGCAUGUUAGGCUUGCUCAACAGCUCCAGCAAAUAGUGAUUGCAGAAGAUGAUCUUCCCAAUCCGCGACGGGGCAGCAGUGUUGACGUCUCCAGUUCCUCCAAAACCGACCAUCCCAUCACCCAUUUGAUCGACCGAAGCCUUCGCUCCCCACCAAAGGCGUCAUUUCCGAUGCCCGGUGCUUGGCCUCCAUCUCCAGCAACAUCGCGUCGAACAGCGUCUUCACUGUCGACCCCUGGUAGUGUAGUUUCGACUCAAGCUUCGACUUGGGAUCUAGCCGAAUACGCAGAGGGCCCACCUUCGACGGGUGCGGCUCCCCAUGUGACCAACUACAUUUACAACGGCGACUACCACUUCCACCCCACGAUCAAUGUGAAUGUGGCGCACAAUCGCACUUCAGCACGUGGCUCCGAUAGCCAAAACGAGCCGCGUUUGCACCAGAGCGCCGGAGUUCGAGGCUUAUACGAAGAAACGACCCCUCUACGACACCGUAAACAGCCUGAACGCUCGUCUAGCACGCGCGACCUCCUGAAGCGGACCUUGACGAAAGCACUCCUACUCAAGAGCGGUAAAGUCCCACUGAACGAUGGACAGGAGCACGAUGAGCUGGAACAGCCAUCGCUUUCUCGGCGCAUGCAAUCGAGAGCAGUUUCACCCAGACGGUCACCACACGAAGAGGAAGAUGUGUCAUCCGACCGUGUUUUCGAAUCCUUUCAAUCAGCCCCGAAGUUUUUGAGAAAGAAGCACCCCGCGGUCAACGACGAAUUAGAUAAGCACCAUCUACUUUCCCGAUCGCCCUCCUCAGUCUCCCGGGCGUCAAUCCAAUCAAAGCAUUCGAGGGGUCGUGGCAGUACGCGGAACCCGGAUGCGGAGUCAAUCGCAGGUUCGGAAAUUCGCCACUCGCGGGCCCACACUGCUGUGGAAAACCCAUUUGCUGAACCGAUCAUGCAUUCCGACUCCCAUUCCUUGCCGCGCACUCCAUCGCCGAUGGAUGGACAUCAACGCCGGCGCCGUCAUCGUCGCCGGCGCCGACAUGCUAGUGAUUCCCCUAUCCGAGAGAGUUCGAGAGGAAAUAUGCCCGAACCUGAAGACCCCUUCCUCGACAGCGGAUUCUGUGACGAGUCAGGACUGAGGGGCUUAGAAACGCCAUCCACUCCAUGUCCUCCUCGACGACCGGUAGCUUCACGCACGAACUCAUCCUUGCGAGGAGAAAUCUUCCCCACUCCCCCAUCAUCACAGGGACCACCGCGAAGAUUCAAAAUGCACGGGCGGUUCGAAGCCACGGUGUCUGAAGCCAACACACCUCAGCCGCAAGGAGACGUCGUAAGUAUCGACUCAAUGGCAGUUGAGAUGGCCUCACCGGAUCGAAUUGCGCAUGAGACCGGCUACUUUCGUCCGCAUCCGCCUCUGAAUCCGGACCUGAAUCUUGUUCCACCCGGCGAGCACCUGGGGAACAGGUAUGACACUCAACCGAUGAGGGACCUGGGCAGACAUGGGGGCCAGGGCAAUGUGCCCCUUAGGGCCACGGAGCUUCCGCAAUUUGGGAUGGCGGCGAACGAUCGGGGAGAGCGGGACUCGUUGGCGGACCACACCCCUGAGACCCGCGCUAAGAAAUUGGAGAAGAGGAACCAGAAGAAGCUGAGACGGAUGGAGUGA